AGUCAGUCACCAUCACACUGGUCAUGAACAUCCAGCUCAACGUCUUGAUCUUGAGCUUCACAUAACUCAGGAUUCGAGCAAGCAUCUCGAAUCCCCGAGUAGCGUACCGCCAUCCCGGGAACCCUUCUCAUCCUUCCAGUCUCACUCAGAAAUCACCAUGGCCGCCGUCUGCAAAGCCUGCGAGGACCCCCUCGUCAUCGUCCUCGAACCCGAGAGCGACGACGAGGGCCACGCCGCCGACGACACCCAGACCGUCCCCGACGACCUCGAGCUGCCUUGCGGCUGCCACUUCCACUGGCAAUGCCUCCUGGACCUGUCCCAGGACAUCGCCAUAUCCCUCAACUGCCCCUCGUGCCAGAAGUACCUCCCCUCAAACACCCAGGGCCCCUCCGUCACAAACCCCUUCCUGAACACCCCGCCCGGCACCGCCAUCCUUACCCGCUACGUCAACGAGGGCGGCCUCCAGGACGCCCUUGACAUCCUCCCCAACAUCACCGAGGAGGCCUACCUCGCCUCCAACCCCGACGCCCGUCCCGCCCGCGCCUACCACCUCAUGUGCGCCGAGGGCGACGUUCAGGGUGUCGUCGACCUGCUCCAGGACGCCAACGAGGAACUCGCCGGUGACGUCGCUCAGCUCGCCCAGCUCAUCCGCUACCAGGAUCCUCUCGCCGGUGGCAUGAGCGCCCUGCACCUCGCCCUCGACAAGGAGCACGAGGAGGUCGUCUGGCUGCUGCUCUGGAUUGCCUCGCCCCUACCCACCGACCUCUUCCCCGUCUCGGCCCGCCAGGCCGCCGAGGCCCUGCAGAUUGUGCGCCUGACCAACGACACCGCCGAGGAUAUCCGUGCCCUACGCACCGACGCCGGCCAGACGGCCGAGGACGUCGCCAGGACCAAGCCCGCCCGUUGGGGAGCCUUGGUCGACGCCGGCAUCCUGCGCGCAUGAGUAGUUUGAGCAGUUUAAGCAGCUAAAAACAAACAGAAAAACGACCAAAAGAUACCCCCCAGUGCGUCUUCUAGUGGAAAAGAAUUUUUUUUUUUUAAAG